UGUACAUUACGUACACAUUAGUCACAAAAAUAGUAAUUAAAACCGCGAUAGUUUUCAAUCUUGUGGAAACACUCGAAGUGAACAUGAAGACUAUAAUAGGACUUUGUUUCAUGGUUCUGUUAGGGCUAGCGGUCGCGAACCGCGGGCCGUGCGGCUGCUUAAAGACCUUCGAAUAUUGCGCCAACGACAACGAAACGUACCACAGCAUCUGCGAGUACAAGUGUAUACAUCCCACCGUCCAGUUCCAGGACUGGUUUAUACUGUACAACGGCCCUUGCAUCCGAGAGAGCGGAGAAAGCAACCGGCCAUACACCGGUAAAUACCGGGAGAUACCGGAGACUACUACAACUAAUCUUCAGCCUGAGACUACAACUGUGCCGAGUGAUGAUGAUGAUGAUAAUCAUGAUGCUGUUUGUUGUGAACCCCAUUCAGAGUUAUAACGCUGGUAACUCAGCCUUCCGCCAUUAUGCUUACUUGUUGUGUCACAUCUGUCAUGAGUCCAUAAUAAAAUGCGUUACAU